CUGUGUCCCUCGGACACAGCGGAUCACCGAUCAAUGGAAAGAGCCGAAGAUGUCGGCUCGGUCAUGUGAUCAGCUGUGUCCAAUCACAGCUGAUAGCAUGGGACAUGUACACUGAUCAUCAGGGCACUGAUGAUCACCCCAGCAGUGCCACCUGUCAGUGUCCAUCAGUGCCAGCUGUCAGUGCUCAUCCAUGCCACCUGCCAGUGCCCAUCAGUGCCACAUCAAUGCCACAUUUCAGUGCCUACUAGUGCACAUCAAUGCCACAUAUCAGUGCCCAUCUGAGCUGCCUUUCACUGUCACGCAUCAGUGCCGGUCAGUGCCACCUAUCAAUGCCAGUCAGUGCCACCUAUCAGUGCUGCCAAUCAGUGCCGCCUAUCAGUGCCCGUCAGUGCUGCCUAUCAGUGCCGCCUAACAGUGCCACCUAACAGUGCCAGUCAGUGCCGCCUAUCAGUGCC